AUGGUCAAGAUAAACGGAACCUUGAUUUGGGGGCUCCUGCUGACCUCCCCCAGCUGCUUUGCCUAUGAUGAGGACCUGGCCAAGUGCUUCCAGGACCCAGAAUAUGAGUCCUUCCUCGCCAUGGCCCGGGACGAGCUCCCUCCCUCCCCACUGCCCAAGCGCAUAGUGGUAGUGGGAGCUGGUGUGUCAGGCCUGACAGCCGCCAAGACCCUGCAGGACCUUGGUCACCAGGUAACCGUCUUGGAGGCCAGUGACCACAUAGGGGGUCGCGUAGUCACAUUCAGGAAUAAGGAAGAGGACUGGUACUAUGAGCUGGGGGCUAUGCGAAUUCCCAAAUCCCACAGGCUGACCCACACCUUUAUUGAGAAGCUUGGCCUGAAGCUGAACAAGUUCACCCAAUUUGAUGCCAACACCUGGUACCUCAUCAACGGACAACGCUACCACACCAGGGAGGUCAUGGCCAACCCAGAGCUCCUGGCCUAUUCCAUGGACCCUAAAGAGAAGACCAAGAAUGCUACGAAUCUCUUCUACCAGUCCAUCACCAAGAUAAAACAAAAUCUGAAAACGUUCAACUGUAGCCAGCUGAUGUCCUUUUAUGAUUCUUACUCCACAACGGCUUACCUGCGGAAGAAAGGACGGCUGAGCAGAGAAGCAGUAAAAAUGAUCGGGGAUGUGAUGAAUGAGAAUUCUGGAUACUAUAAGUCCCUGCUGGAGUCCCUGCAGAACAUGAACAUCUUCUCCAAAGGCGAUGACUUCUCUGAGAUCACAGGAGGCUUUGACCAGUUCCCCAAUGCCCUCAACACCAGCCUGAAGCCUGGCACCAUCCACCUGGAGUCCAAGGUGGAGACAGUGGUGAGGGACGGGCCUGAGGUCCGGGUUUUGUACCGUAGGGGGGUCCCCACAUCAGAGUUGCACAACCUCACGGCGGACUACAUCAUCAUCUCCAGCUCAGCCAAAGCCACUCGCCUCAUUGCCUUCCAGCCACCCCUGUCCCCAGGCAAGAGAGAUGCCCUGCGCUCAGUGCAUUACACCAGUGCCACCAAAGUGAUUUUGGCCUGCAACCAGAGAUUCUGGGACAAGGAUGGAAUUGAGGGAGGGGUCUCCAUCACUGAUCGACCCUCACGCUACAUCCACUACCCCAGCCACAGCUACCCUGGUGGCAAGGGUGUCCUACUGGCUUCCUACACGGUAGGCGAUGAUUCCCUCUUUUUCACUGCCAUGAAGCAAGACCAGGUUGUGGACAUUGUCCUAGAUGACCUGGCAGCUGUGCACCAGAUACCCAAGGAGGAGCUACAGCACAUGUGCCCCACCUCAGUGGUCAAGCGCUGGUCCCUGGACCCCCUCACCUUUGGUGCCUUUGCUCAGUUCACACCCUACCAAUUUGUGGACUAUUCACAGCAGCUCUUCCAGGCAGAGGGCCGCAUCCACUUCUCGGGCGAGCACACCUGCCUGCCCCAUGGGUGGCUUGACACCGCCAUCAAGUCUGGCCUUCGGGCAGCCAGGAACAUCCAGGUUGCCGUAGACAAGGAGGCCACAGAGGGACAAGUGCCUCUGCAGAAUCACUUCACCAACACCCAGGAUGGUUUCUCCCGCAAGAGCAAUCCCUGA